AUGAAGAACAAGGAAGACGACCAUCGUAGGGGUGAUUCCACGGCUUCUACCUUCCUCGAGCUCGCCCGUGAGCGGUUCGAGGCCCGGAACGGCAGGCCGGCCACCUUCGAGGAGAGCAAUUUCUCCUUGGAUCGCUUGCAGGGGCUGCUGAGGAUGCUGAUGCUGGUGCCGAAGGCCGGCAGCAGCGAGGCCAGCGUCGUCGCAAGGCGGCUGGGCGGAUGCGUGCCUCGAGGACCUUGCUGCAUGAUGCCCGGACACCCUCCCGGGAGUUGCCCGUCUGAAGGCCUUAUGUGCCCGGCGGUGCUGGGGUGCACCGCCCACAAGAUGGACCCGAAGAGAAACACGAUGCUGGAGGACCCUAGCGUGUUUUCGAUGAGCAACAUCCGCGAUGUCGUGGACCGGAUGGUCUCGGGGUUCCUGUACACGCAACCACACUCUCCUCUGUGCACAAGGACGGACGAUGUGGACUACGAGAGCUGUUUCGAGGAAAUGAUGAAUACUACCAAGUUCCAGAACGUCGCUGCAAGAAUGGUGUCGGGCCACGACGCCUACGACAGCAGCAUCAAGCUUUGCAUGAACAAGGAUCAGGAUGUAGGGGGGGAGGCGGCGUGCGCGGAAGACCUGGAGUCCGUAAUGAAGGGAGCGUGCAACUUGAACUUCGUCACCAUGUGUGAGGCGUGGGGUUCGUCCGUCCUUCUAUUGUUCGAGACCUUACCGUGGCUGGAGCCGACUGCAGAUUUCUUCCCCGCUCCGAGGCACCGGCACCACCAAUGUGGGUGUGAUUUGGGUAGAGUUACUCCAGUGUAUUCGUCCGAAGACGCAAAGGAAAGCGCCGCUUCUGGUCCACAGCGCCAAAACACCGGGGCGAAGCACGAGGAAGGAAUGAAGCACAUCACACCCGAGCUGAGGGAUGCGGCCCGCAGCGCCAACGCGGUCGACGAGGCUCUCCACGAGCUCGUUUCGGCCAAGUUCUGCGAACGGCUAAGGGAAGCGGGAUUGCUGCACCAUCCCUUGGUGGUUGCAGAGCUGGCCACUUACGAACCGCUGGAGCACAGGUACGCCAUCGGUUUCGUUCUCUGCCAAGCAUUUGGCUGGGGUGAAGCUGAUUUGCGCGUUUGGCCCUGUAUGAUUCGAUGCUCACGAUCCGAGACCCCUUCAUUUUUCGCUCUCCCCCUGUCCGUUUCCGUUCCCAGAUGUAACGACGAGACAUGGGCGAAAGACACCCUGGAACGAUUUGCACCGAUCAUGCCGGACGAGUGUAGGCUUUACCAGCCGUUCGAGAAACAGUAACGAGCCAACCCGCUCCCCUUGGGGAGUCAAGUGGGUUGCCUCCUGGGGGCCACGCAAGAGGUCAUGCCCAAUGCCAUCACGCUUUCACCGUUGCAUCUCGUCGUUCGGCAGUGACGGUUUCCGUGCGGGGGUUAUUCAUGCUUUCAUGUCGACUGUUCGCGCGUGCGUGUG